CACCUUUUUUUUUGUUGCUUCCUUCCUUCUCUUCAUAAUUUAUCUAUGUAUCGCCUUAGACAAGCUGUGCCGCGUCAUCAAACUCGUUCAGUGACGACGAUUGCUCUUCGUCGUGAAAGCAAGAGCAGGUGGGAGAGGAGAGUCGCUUUGACUCCCCAGGGCGUUGAGUCGCUUAUCAAAGAAACAGGUGCAAAGGUCCUUGUUCAGCCCUCUACCAACCGCGUGUACAAUGAACAACAGUAUAUAAAGGCAGGAGCACAAAUUGCAGAGGAUAUUUCUUCCGCGGAUGUCAUAUUGGGCAUCAAGGAAGUGCCAGUGGAAGAGCUGAUUCCCAAUAAGACCUACAUGUUCUUCUCUCAUACCCACAAAGGCACACCGAAAAACAUGCCCAUGCUUCAGUCUAUCCUUGACAAGAAUAUCACUCUUAUCGACUAUGAGCAGAUGACAGCUGCCAGUGGUAAGCGUGUUGUUGCAUUUGGAAAGUACGCUGGAAAUGCAGGCAUGAUCAAUUCACUACAUGGACUUGGCCACCGGUUUCUGGGACUGGGAUAUAACACACCUUUUAUGUAUGCCGCAAGUGCACAUACAUAUCGCACAUUACAAGACGCAAAGGCUGCUAUUAGCGCCAUCGGAUCUCAGAUAGAAAGCGAAGGAACACCAAAGGACUUUGGACCUCUGACGUUCACAUUUACAGGUGCUGGAAAUGUCGCUCAGGGAGCUUUGGAGGUUUUCCGCACACUUCCACAUGAAGUCGUACCUGUGAUCGAUCUUCCAAAAAUUGUACAGGACAAAAAUCCCAAUUUGAAAAAACUGUACGUUACUCAGGCUGCUAUUGGAGAUUAUACCAGUCGAAAGGAUGGCUCUGGAUUUGAUCAAAGUGAAUAUUUAGCUAAGCCGGAGCUCUAUCAAUCGGACUAUCAUACCAACGUUGCUCCAUAUACUACGAGCACCAUCACCGGCGCUUAUUGGGAUGCACGGUACCCUAGACUACUCAGCAAUGAACAACUGAAGGAAUUGCAGCUCAAGAAAGAGCAGGGAUUGAUUGACAAGGGAAGAGUCAUUGCAUUGACUGACAUUGUGGCGGAUGUAAAUGGAGCCUUCGAGUGCUUUUCGCACGCAACUCCUGUGGACGAUCCAUUCUACUAUUAUGAUGCGGUCAAGGACAUUGUUCACAAGGAUGUGGAAAAGCCAGGCUACCAGAUCCUAGGUGUUGAUAUCCUCCCUGCUGAACUACCACUUGAAAGCAGCCAACACUUUAGCAACGUCCUAAGUCCCUAUCUCAAGGAGCUUGUUUUGAAGAACGGUGACAACAAAGAGGCGAAGCUAACUUUGGAUAAUGCUGUUAUUGCCGACAAAGGUAAAUUGACUGAGAAACAUCAUGGUCUUUACAAAUUUUUGGAAACACCAUCUGGAUCAAGAACUCCUUCUGGCGUCAAGCCUCAGAAGAAAGUACUAUUGCUUGGUUCUGGCUUAGUUGCAAAGCCCCUCGUUGAGCGACUUUUGAAGCGUGAUGAUGUACACUUGAAGAUUGCCAGUAAUUCCCAACCAGAAGCUAAGGCUCUAGCAUAUGGUCAUGCGAACGCCAGUAUUGCCGGCUUAGAUAUAGCAGAUACUGAGAGCCUCGAUAAGCUUGUGUCUGGCGCUGAUGUAGUCAUAAGCUUGGUACCGGCUUUCCUCCACACUAAAGUAGCGGAAUCUUGCAUUCGAGAGAGAAAACAUAUGGUCACCGCAAGCUAUGUUUCAAAGGAAAUGAAGGCAUUGGAGAAACGUGCCCAGGAUGCUGGCAUUCUUAUUAUGAACGAGAUUGGAUUGGAUCCCGGUAUUGACCAUCUUUCGGCCAUGAAGAUCAUUGACUCUGUUCAUCAAUCAGGCGGUCAAGUAAACUCAUUUGUGUCAUGGUGUGGUGGCCUUCCUGCGCCAGAAGCAUCCGGUGUGCCUCUUGGUUAUAAGUUUAGUUGGUCCCCUCGUGGUGUUCUUACAGCUGGCGGCAAUGAUGCCACUUUCCUCAUGAACGGACGUACUUACCAUAUCCCUGGCACGGAUUUACUGAAGGAGCAUUUCUCAACCGUUCCUGUACCAACCAAGGGAUUUGCCUUCGAAGGUGUUGCCAACCGCGAUUCUCUGUCUUAUAUUGAAACAUAUAACCUUGGAUCUACCAAAACCAUGGAUACCAUGUUUAGAGGCACUUUAAGAUAUCAGGGAUAUUCCGAUCUGAUGCACGCCUUCAAGAAACUAGGCUUGCUAGAUGCUAAUAAGACGGUUGGAAGAUGUGACACCUGGGCAACCUUCUUCGAUUCAGUGGUUGGAAUAAAGCACACAGAUGCAGCUUCUCGUCGUGAUGCUAUCCUGGACCGCCUUCAACUUUCGCCUAGCAACCCACUUGUACCAAAGAUAUUUGAGGCGUUAGAAUGGCUUUCUUUGACCAACAGUAACGGUUCAUCCGCCACGGCAUUCCCUGCUGCUGAACAAAUUGCGCCUCUGGAUGCAUUCUCCGCCUUGUUGGCUUCCAAGCUGAGUUACCAGCCUGGCGAACGAGAUAUGAUUGCCAUGCACCACGAGUUUGGAGUGGUUCAGCACAAUGGAGAGUUACAGACCAUGACAUCGACUUUAAUCACGUAUGGUGACUCCCAGCACACUGCUAUGGCCAAAACGGUAGGCUUGCCUUGUGCGAUGGCUGUGGAACUCGUGUUGGAUGGUCGUAUCCCCGAACAAGGCGUUCUUGUGCCGACGGCAAAACACGUGUAUGAACCCAUCUUGCACGAGCUCGAACAGGAAGGUAUUCAGUUCUUAGAGCAAACUCGACCUCGCGUUAGCUCGGAACAACCAUUAAUUCCAGGAGGCAGCGGUCUUUGGAAUUCCCAGUAGAUUGACGCCGAUAUUGGGUUUUAUAUAAGCUCUUUCAUUUAUUUGGACUACGUCCAUAACCUCCGUUUCCUUUUAUUGCUUUGUACGAGAAAGUUUUUUGUAUCUGAAAUAUAGACUGUAUUUUUCAUGUCAUGCUCG